UUGUUAUUUUCAGUUCCGUGUAACAUGGCGAGAUAUUUGUCUCGUCACGCAGAAGAGAUACUGUAUUUCGUAUUAGUACUGUUCGUCGCUCCCUUUUGCACAGCCUUCGUUGACGAAUACGCUCCCGUGUUCAAUUCUAUAGAGGUAAAACCUCCGGUAGAACAUGAGGACUACAAAACAAUUGUUUUCGAAGUGCGCGGAAGAAAUAUUCACAACGGCAUUCAAGUCAAAGCGACGAAAAGCGAAUUUGAAAGAGGUGCUGAGUGCCAGGACUUGAACCAGUUCAACUAUCACAUUAGUGAGAUCCGCACUUUGGAGUACAAAUGGGGAAAGUAUGAGUUGAGAGUGCCAAAAGACGUACAGGGCAAUAUUUACCUGUGUUUACCGCGAAAGGUUGGGAAAGAUAGUGGACUAGUACCCAGUUUAUUCAGUAGUGUGUAUAAAUGGUACAGCCAAGGACCUAAUGUUACUAUAGAUGUUCCUUAUACGAACUUGACAGGACGAGGUUUCACCAACACCACAGUUCGUGUGGCGAUAACCUUACCUCCGAUCACGGGCGACGACGAAACCUACUACAUUUGCGCCAAAGAUGAAGAUUCUGGGCCGGAGAAGGUGUUCAUUCUCCAGGGCACCUCCGUUUGGUUGCAGAUCAAGACCUACGAGAAGAUGUUGCCGCUCUGGGCGUCCAUUUGUGUGAUCGUCUUCUGCCUGUCGUUUUCUUCGCUUUUCUCUGGACUCAAUUUGGGACUGAUGUCGAUGGACAAGACGGACCUGAAGAUUUUGUGUAACACCGUUCUUGUUUCAUCACAGUUUUUGUUCCACCAGGCCGUUUGUUCCCGACAUGGUUUGGCUAUCGGUGCCAAAACCAUAUACAUCACCAAGUUCGUUAUGAUUCUGACCUUCCCCUUGUCCUACCCCAUAGCGAAGUCUUUGGACUUCUUGCUGGGUGAAGAAAUCGGAAACGUUUAUACCAGAGAAAGGCUAAAGGAGUUGGUCAAGGUAACCACAGGAGAAAAUGACCUGGACAAAGACGAGGUUAAUAUCAUCAGCGGAGCCUUGGAAUUGCGCAAGAAGACAGUGUCCGAGGUUAUGACGAAGAUAGAAGACGUCUUUAUGCUUGACUACGAAGCCGUGUUGGAUUUCGACACUGUAUCGGAAAUCAUGAAGAGCGGGUUUUCGCGGAUACCUGUUUUUGAAGGAAAUCGUCAAAAUAUCGUUACCAUGCUGUACAUCAAGGACUUGGCUUUCGUGGAUCCCGACGACCAUACCCCAUUGAAGACGUUGUGCCAGUUCUACCAGAACCCAUGCAACUUCGUAUUCGAGGACGUGACUCUGGACGUCAUGUUCAAGAUCUUCAAAGAAGGCAACAAGGGUCACAUGGCCUUUGUCCACAGAGUGAAUAACGAAGGAGAGGGAGACCCCUUCUACGAAACCAUAGGGUUGAUAACCCUCGAAGACGUCAUCGAGGAGCUGAUCCAGGCCGAGAUCAUGGACGAAACUGACGUUUUCACUGACAACCGCUCCAAAAGGAAGAGACACGCUGAGAGAAGACAAGAUUUCACCGUCUUCGCUGAGAAACAACGUGAGCCGAGCAAGAUGAUGAGAAUCAGCCCUCAGCUGACCCUCGCCGCCUACCAAUAUCUCAGCACAAGUGUCGAGCCCUUCCACCCCAACGUGAUCUCCGAGACUAUCCUUCGGCGUCUUCUCAAGCAGGACAUAGUGGUGCACAUUAAGAAGAGCAAGGAAUGGCGUACUGAUCCUGCCAACGUGAUCUAUGACCAGGGCAAGGCUGUCGACUUCUUCGUCAUCAUUUUGGAGGGUAGAGUUGAGGUUACGGUAGGCAAGGAGAACCUCAUGUUCGAAGGAGGACCUUUCACCUAUUUCGGAACCCAAGCGCUGGUACAGACCGUUGGAAUUGGGACAGUCGCUCACAAUGCCGAUGACACCACCCAUUUGUGGAAUGAAUCAAACACUCUUGAUCUUCUCGAGAAAGUUAAACUAGAAUCGCCAUCCGUCGCCCCAUCUACAAUGGGAAGCUUGGAAUCAUUGAAUAUCGACUCUCUGUUACGCCACACCUUCAUUCCGGAUUAUUCAGUCAGAGCUACGACGGAAGUACUGUACCUCAAGGUCAAGAGAAGCCUGUACUUGGCUGCAAAGAGAGCCACCCUGAUGGAGAGAUCCAAGCGAGGAGAAAACCAGACGGAGCAGCAGUUCGACGAAGAGGUUGAUAAGCUCUUGCACUCUCUCGACGAAGACGACGCCCUGAGCACCGGCAGACAGACCCCCCGUCGCAAAUCCUCGAGAAAGAGUCAAGAGAUAAAAGAGAACGCCUCGCUUCAGACGAGCCCCAAGACUCCUUCUCACUACAGCGCUGCAAGUCCUCCGCAUCGUCUCAGUCCGCGCGACAUCAACGGCUCCCUCAAGUCGAGCCCCGUAGAUGACAUCCAAGUCGUCGGCGGAGCCAAAGACGAGGAGAUCUCGCUGCUGCCGAAACGUUCAUAACGAAAUGCUUUGGCUCUAUUCAUGUAGAGCCGCUCCCGACUACAGUACUUAAUUUAUUUUUGUUUUUGGUUCGUCUCUGGGCGCGAGGGUCGGGUUUCAGUGUCAGUCGGAGUAAUAGCCAGGCACCAACGAAGUUGUCAUGCGUUUAUGCCAGUCGGGGUGAUAGCUGGGUAGUUGGAAAGGGAUUGGACUUGGGUGCUCGGUUUCCUUACUGCCUGGUCCCGUUUCUCUGAAAUUCACAUUGGAUCAAAAUAACAAGUUUAGUAGUAUUCAUACGAAAAUAUUGUUGCACGUAGGUAGGUAGGAGUUGAAAAAAGUAGGCCUGGUAGGAUAUGUUUACUUUAACAAUCACAGAUGAGAGCAAUAAUGUCUGCGUCUUUGGAUGCGGGCUUCGAAAAUAGCCCUGCCGUGAAUCGGAAAAAUCCGGAUGUUUCGACUCUGUGCCAGAAUCAGCUUUUCAUUUUCAAAAUUAUUAUUUGCAGUUUUUUCGAACAGGUGUUUCAAUGGAAGAGUUUGUAGUAGUUAUAAUGAACCUUUCAAUUUUCGAAUUGUCGUAUACUUCUGAAUCAGUCGAUUUUAUAGCCUGUAUCUACUGUCUUGGUAUAGUUCAAGAAGUAUACUCAUUCUUAUGGCAUUUCAUUAGUACUCUAAAUGAAAGUGUGGAUUGGUCGUGGUAGGUCAAAUGUAUCGGUUACCACUAUCAUCGGAAUAUAUUUCAGAUUUUCUAUUUUUGUCGUAGUUUCAAUUGACAACAAAGUCGGUAGUUCAAAUGUUCAACGUUCAAUACUUUCAUACCAUCUCGAUAUGCUUUGGCUUCUAGUAGUUUAAACGUUAUAAAAUGUCUCAAAAUGAAACUAUGUUGACAUACCUGUUGCUGAAAGUUCAAAUAACUUCUAUCUUAUCAAGCUGUAUAUAAUAACCUCUCGGUUCAGAAAAGAGCUUUCUAGGAACAGUAGUUCAAAUGAACUUGAUAUGUAACAUGUAACUUAUAUCUUCAAAAGCCAAACUACAAGCUUUGUUUGUAUGCUUUUACUGUCCUCAUGUAUUGUAAUUAUGAUUAAUGUCCAUCUAUUGAAUUUGAAUUGUUAACUAUACACAAAUCAUAGUCACGGUUGAUGUGCACUAUGGUGGAUAUUAAUUUUCAGUAUUAUCAUAUAAAUCUGCCAGUAGGUUAAAUGACCAACUUUGAAAAACAUUCCUUAAAAUUGAGAAUGCUUGGAAUUGGUUGAGUCAUUCACAUACGUACCUUGAUAGUUAGUUCAAAUGCCCUCUUGUCAAUAUUGUUACAUAUAAACAUAAAUUUCGUGUUUGAUAGCUUGAUUUAGUUCAAAUAUUCCAGUAAUUUUGAUAAUCCAGUCACUUUCAUCAUCAACAUUAGUUUGAAUAAAGGAUAGGCAGUAGUGCAAAUGCUGGAAUUGUCGAUAGUUCAUGUUAUUUCAUGUCCAUAAUUGUUUCAUGGCACACCAAUAUUAAACCACUUCAGUAGUUCCAAUACACCAUUGAUUGCAAGCAUCUGGAUAGGUGGUAGUAAAUGAACGAUAAGUAGUUCGAAUGAACUUGUAUAGCACCAAUAAAUAAGAACAUGCCUUUUGAUAGUACCCUAAAUCUGUCUUUGUCAAUAUUGAUUUCUGUGUCAACAGUUUUUUGUUAAUUCGCUCUGCUGGUGUCAACCGUUGCUUUUGUAACUGGAACAAUCGAACUAUUUCACUUUUCAGUUAAUACUUGAAAUCAGAUUUAUUUACAUUUUGAAGUGUCAACUGUUGGUUUUGUAACCGAUGCUUAUAUGUUAGUUCAAAUGUCCCAGUUCAAACUUGGACAUUUGAACUAUUUUAUUUUCGUUUCAGUUACUACUCAAAAUCAGAUUUAUUUACAUUCUGAUGUAUUCCUAAAAUUGCUAUGCCUUACAGUAAAACUAUUUCUUUAUUGUAGUUCAAAUCCUGUACCGAGAGAGUAGAAGUACAGCUUUUCCCAGAUUCAUCAUAAAUUUCUUCAAUUUGUCUACCAAGUCGGUAGUUCAAAUGUCCCAGUACCUUUUUUCUUAGUUUUUGAGACGGGAGUUGAUUCUGGCAUCGUAGUCUAUCAAACAUAAAGAGUGUAUCAAAGAUCCCUAGUACUUCCCCCAAUAAUUCUUUUAGUGCCUUAUUUCGGUGAAAGACAAAAUUGAGAUUGCGAUAAUUUGUUCUUAUUUUUUUUUUGAAUUCUGCUUACCAGGAGUCAAUUGCGUUGAGGCAUUCACAAGGGGUAUUCCAUAGCAAUUAGAAGUUGAGUUUUUGUAGUUGGAGUUUAUAUCGGAAUGCCCCGUACGUAGAUUUAGGUGUUGUAUGUUUUAUCUAGAAUUAAAUGACUUACGGCAUGUUUUCAUGUCCCCCAAGACAUCGAGUUUUUAGAUUUGGAAGGAUCGAGUUCAGUUUUCGUUGUUUGUGUUUCAAUGUUCUUUAAAACAUAAUAGAAAACCCUUGUCCAACAGUUUACAUAUAAAAAAAACAAUGCCAAAAGCAGUCGCCAAAAUAUCCAGGAUUUUCUGGUUUCAUUGAAUUUUAUAUUAAUGGCGAGUUCACUUUUACUCUGUAAAGUUUCCGAUGGGGCAGUUUACUCAGAAAUCACACUAGACGAACAAUAAGAAAUAGGUUUUGUACUCUGUGAUAUCUGAUAUGCUGUAAGCAAUUGUUUAUUUAUGUGAAGAACGCCAUCUGAUGGAUUUGUUUUUUGAUUUGAGUUUUUUCUGUCGGGAAGCUGUUGUAACUGAAAAUUUCGGAACCAGAAGAUGUCAGGGGAGUAUUCCAAAUCGCGUGGUAUUCAGUUUUGCCAACCAUUUGGAGGCGCAAGUCUCUAUGAUACCGAGACAAAAAUUCCACUACGGUAUAAUUAGAAACGCGCUUGCGCAAUGCAGAACUUUUCUUGGUGUUCUAUCCACUCAUUGUCCUCUAUCUUCUUCUUCUUCUUUUUUUAUGGUCUGCUUCCCUUCGGCGCAGUAGACCAAAUUGUCCUCUAUAUUCACGUAACUACAGUGUCAUCCCUAAGCUAACAGAAUGAAGUCGACAUACGUAUGUAGGUAUUUUUAUUUAUGUCGUGUUCUCAAAGACAGCGUUGCUCAUCGAAAAUCGUCAAAUUCCCCAACGCACUUCGAAAUUCCUUGGACCUUCCCACACGCAUGCUCGGUAUCAAUUAAAUGGUUCCAGAAGAGAUGAAUAUUACUGGAAAUCUAUCCCAUCGCCAAACCGUCAUUUUUAACA